GUAUAUGUAAAACCCCAACUCGAGCUCAUAAAAUCCAAUUUAAAACAACCUAAACAGAUAAAAUAAUCAAAUAUGAACCGGCCGGCCCGACGGCUAGUUCAACCGGCCAAUCUCUUGUCCAGACAGGCAAGCCUCGAUUCGCACGAAACUCCACUUGGCCGUCCCCAGACAAAACACCACCGAUUCACCACCUUCUUCUUCUUCAUCAUCUCUCUCUCUCUUUCCCCAGUUAGAUCCUCCCCAGUCCCCAACCUCAGUCAACUGAUCAAAACUGUGUGCAUGUUUGCUUAGUCGUGAAGCUCUCACGCUCCGCAGCUCCUUUUAAAUCGGCCCGACUAGAUCUCGGAGUCUCAUUUCGAAAUCGCAAGAAAAUGGCCUCCUCGCGCUACCAAGUCGAGGUGACCCUCAUCGCGGCCAAGGACCUCAAGAACGUCAACUGGCGCCACGGCCCUCUCAGGCCUUACGCCGUCGUCUGGGUAGACCCCAACCACAAAUGCUCCACCCGUGCCGACCCCGAAGGCGACUCCUUCCCCGUCUGGGAACAGACCCUCCUCAUCCCCUUGCCGCCAGGAACCGCCAUCGACGACGCCACGCUGUACGUCGAUGUCGUCCAUGCUGGCUCCGAGGACGGCACCAAGCCGCUGGUCGGCUCGGCCCGGCUCAGGCUCCGCGAUGUGCUCGAGGACGACUAUGGGUACAGCGGUGGAGGGCGCGCCAGCAAGCGGAGCCUCCCGCUGAAGCGGCCCUCUGGCAGGCCCCACGGGAAGGUCGACGUCAAGGUUGCGGUGAAGGAGACGCGCUACAGCACGCCUCCCACUGCCUACGGCGUUGCACCGCCACUGGCGAGCAGGGAGUACACCGCUCCGCCGUCAUACAGCACCCCGUAUGCGUCGCCAGCUGGGUACCCCAGCUAUGCGUCGCCGCAGCCUCAGUAUGAGGUGCAGGAUCGAUACUAUCCGACGGCUCCGCCAGCUGGGUACCCGAGCUACGGUGGAACGUCGUACGGCCAACCGCCACAGAGCUAUGGGCAGGAAGAGACAAAGAAGAGCAAGAGCAAGUUUGGGGGGAUGGGGACGGGAUUGGCGGUGGGUGCGGUCGCCGGGGUGUUGGGUGGGCUCGCGCUGGCAGAGGGGGUUGACUACGUAGAGGACAAGAUCGCCGACAACGCGGCGGAGAAGGUCGAGGACGAUCUCGCCGACGAAGACGAUGGCGACGACUACUAUGAGUAGCUCACUAUUGUCCGUCUCUAUUGACGUUUAUUAUUAUAUAUUUUAUGGGAUGAAUCGUAUCGUUUCU